AGGAGAAGAGGUUUAAAACAGCUCGCACCUGCCGGCUCCGGAGUUCAGUGUGAACAGGAUCGUGUUUUGAAAGAGAAUACGGGUUUGAUCAUAUUUUAGAUUUCAUUUUCGUCUUCUGAAAAAGAGUGAAAGAUCGAAUAAGCUGUGCUUUGGGUUUUCUUACCGCUGAUAUUUACAAGAGAUGACAAGAGAACUAACACAAACUAGGAUCCAGAAGAUCUGGGUUCCAUCCAAGGAGGAGAAACCCACAGUGCCUCGGAAAUCUGGUGGAGGCCCUCACCUGGCCAACUCCCCCUUGGUCAUAGUGAUGGUUGGUCUGCCUGCCAGGGGCAAAACAUACAUUUCAAGAAAACUCACUCGCUACCUCAACUGGAUCGGCAUCCCAACAAAAGUCUUCAACGUUGGGGAGUAUCGCAGAGAGACAGUAAAGAACUACAGCUCAUAUGACUUUUUCAAAUCAGACAACAAGGAGGCAGUGAAAAUAAGAGAAAAAUGUGCCUUAGCUGCUCUCCAAGAUGUCAAGCUGUACCUCAAUGAGCUGGGUGGACAAGUUGCUGUUUUUGAUGCAACAAACACAACCAGAGAAAGAAGAGAGAUGAUUCUGGGGUUUGGUGCUGAGAACAGCUUCAAGGUUUUCUUCAUUGAGUCUGUAUGUGAUGAUCCAGACGUCAUUGCUACCAACAUCAUGGAAGUGAAGGUCUCCUGUCCUGACUACCAAGACUGCAACAAAACAGACGCUGUGGAAGAUUUUCAGAAGAGAAUCGAGUGUUACAGAGUGAACUAUCAGCCUCUGGACCCUGAUGAUUAUGACAGGAACUUGUCCUUUAUCAAAGUGAUCGACGUCGGCCGCAGAUUCCUGGUGAACAGCAUCCAGGAUCACAUCCAGAGCCGCAUUGUCUACUACCUAAUGAACAUCCAUGUCCAGCCACGCUCCAUCUACCUGUGUAGACAUGGAGAGAGUCAACAUAACCUGCAGGGCCGAUUGGGAGGAGACUCUGGCCUCUCUACUCGUGGUAGAAAGUUCGCCGGAGCUCUGGCUAAGUUUGUCGAGGAGCAGAAUCUUAAGAACCUGAAGGUUUGGACAAGCCAGCUAAAGCGAAGCAUUCAGACAGCUGAGGCGCUGAACAUGCCAUAUGAGCAGUGGAAAGCCCUGAACGAGAUCGAUGCAGGUGUGUGUGAAGAAAUUACAUAUGAGGAAAUGCGUGAGCGAUACCCUGAAGAGUUCGCACUCAGAGACCAGGACAAGUAUUAUUACCGCUACCCUACUGGGGAGUCCUACCAGGACCUGGUACAGCGUGUGGAGCCAGUGAUCAUGGAGCUCGAGAGACAGGAGAAUGUCCUAGUCAUCUGUCACCAAGCUGUCAUGCGCUGCCUCCUUGCCUAUUUCCUAGACAAGAGUGCUGAUGAGAUGCCGUACCUAAAGUGUCCACUUCAUACCAUAUUGAAGCUGACCCCAGUGGCCUAUGGAUGUAAAGUGGAGUCUAUCUCGUUAAACAUCGAAGCAGUAAACACACACCGAGACAGACCUGAGGAGAUGAAGAGAAGUCAAGGCACUCUGAUUCGGAGGAACAGCGUGACUCCUCUCACGAGUCACGAACCCACUAAGAAGCCUCGCAUGGAUAGCCUGGACGACUCGGCCAUCCCGGAGCUCAGUCCAGCGCCAAUGAGUUUCUGCGCCAGCGCAAACAACUCUCUUUCACUGUCCACACAGCACUGGCUUGGCCUAGCUUGUCUACGCACCGUGUUCCACUACCUGACAGGCAUGACCGUGUUGCUGUUUCAGAGGAACUGAAUCACCACAUCACAGAGAAUCAUGACUUUGCCCAGCUCUGCCAGUGAGUUGGAAGAUCUCUGACUUCAUUAUGAUGGAAGUUAACUAAACCAAAAACUUACAAUGGACCAGUUGAGUCCUUUUUUUUGUCAAGGACAAAAUGAGCACUAAGGGUCUUUCACCUUCAACGAGGAUAAAAAAAGCACCUGUGUGUGUGUGUUUGUAUCUGUGUGUGUGCAGAUAAUGUACACUUUGCCUCAUGUCAGGCAACCAAUACUAAGUUCUUUACGGCAUUUUUAUCUUAUGAUGUCGUAUGUUUUUUUUUUUUUUUUAAUGAUCUCCUGAAUACUGCUGCUGGCUUUAGGGAAAAAAAUAGUUUGUUGUUAAUGUUAGUUUUUCAUUUAUCUGUUGAGUGUGUGAAUGAUGGAAUGUGUGUUUGAUAAGCAAGAAAUGUUCUGAUGAUGAGAGGUGUCUGCACGAUUGAGAACACCAUUAUGUGUAUUUAAAUGGAAUUUAUUUGUAUUGACAGGGUAUUUAUAGUUGUUUAUUAUGAAGGAGAAAAGAUGAUUUUCCUUUGUGCUUGAUGAAUGACUGAACAAAUUCCGUAGAGUGCCUAGUGCUUCGGCUUUAAGGCCGACAACUAUUUUUCGGUACUAUAGAUCUAAGAACAUAUAUAUAUAUAUAUGUAUGUAUGUAUAUAUAUAUAUGUGUGUGUGUGUGUGU